AUGGAAAAACACGCAAACCGCACGCAAGAUCAAGACCUGAAGGAUGGGGUUAAGACGUCUGCUCAGGGUGUUGAUCUUGGACAGAUGCUGGAUGUUCAAGCAACGCCUGAGGAGGAGAAAAGAGUCCUGAGGAAAAUUGACCUGACCUUAAUGCCCAUGAUGGGAUUUGCCUACUUUUGGCAGUUUCUUGACAAAUUGAUUCUAAGUCAAACGACUUUAUUUGGACUUCGAGAGGACCUGAACCUGCAUGGUUCUCAGUACUCAUGGUCCUCUGCAAUCUUCUACUUUGGAUACCUCUUCUGGAGCUGGCCCAAUUCAUAUAUCAUUGUCCGACUUCCGAUAGGCAAAUACUUGUCCGUUUCAACGUUUCUCUGGGGUGGAAUCCUGAUGUGCCAUGCCGCCUGUAAAGACUUUGCCGGGCUUAUGACGGCUCGAUUCUUUCUAGGCCUCGGAGAAGCUGCCAUUGCGCCAGGCUUUACCUUAAUCACAGGUAUGUUUUAUAAACGGGAAGAGCAGCCCAUCCGUCAAUCCGGCUGGUUCUUUGGGAACUGCCUGGCUGCGCUUCUGGGUGGCCUGCUGGCUUGGGGCAUCGGUAAUAUCGACUCAGCAGGCAUCGAGCGGUGGAAACUCAUGUUCCUUAUCCCGGGCGCCAUCACUGCAUCAUAUGGCCUUUUUCUCUUCUUCGUGUUACCUGAUUCCCCUACACAGGCCAUCUUCCUAACCCCCCGUGAGCGCGCGAUUGCCGUACAGCGGACGUUGAAGAACAAGACCGGGGUAUUGGACAAUGGCUCCUUCAAGUGGAACCAAGCCCGAGAGGCCCUUAUUGAUCCCCAGACUUGGUUUUUAUUCCUCAAUUCCUUUUGCAAUAAUCUGUGGAAUGGUGGUAUCACAGCUUUCAUGGCUAUCCUCACUGCGGGCUUUGGCUUCUCCGACUUACAAGCGCUUCUGAUGCAAAUGAACUUAGGCGCAGCGGAAAUUGUCUUUCUAGUGAUCACCUCCGUCGCAGUCACAUUUAUACCAUCUUCCCGUAUAAUCGGCAUGUUUAUUAAUACGUUAAUUUCUGUGGUGGGCCUCAUUCUCGUCUGGAAGCUAGACAACGAUCACCGUGUGGGGAGAAUGUUCGGCUUGUGUCUGAGUAUUGUGUACGCUAUUAACCUUCCUCUCUCCCUGAGCAUAGUCACAUCGAAUGUGGCCGGCUUUACCAAGAAGAGCGUGAUCACCAAUUUGAUCUUUAUCUCCUACUGUGCCGGGAAUAUCGUGGGUCCGCAGCUUUUCAUUCCGUCUGAGGAACCUUCGUAUCCUACCGGUAUCAAAGCAGCCUUGGCCACCUUGGUUCUGAGUGCCUUCUUCCUCGUCUGCUUGUAUGCCUACUACUCCUGGCAAAAUUGGCGGAGAAAUAAGAGAUAUGGACUCCCUGAAGCGAUGACAAUUGGAGAAGAGAUGCAAGAUGAGUUGUCAAAUAGGACAGACUGGGAGAUUGAGAGUUUCCGAUAUAUAAUUUGA